AUGGCAACAUCGGAGACCUCCAAAGAUGGCAGCGCGGAGGAAUCCGCCGGGUUCCUUCGCCGGCUUUGCUUCGGAUGGGCGCUGCCUUUUUUUCGGCAGGCGUCUCGGGACAUCUCGCGACAGGACUUCUCGGUGAUGUCUUUGCCGCCAUUCCCACAUGCCGAGUCUUCUGAAUCGGCUGCCGGGAGGCUUGCCGAGCAUCUGGCACAUGAAGUGGCACGGCAGGACCGGACGCCUUCCCUGCAGAGGGCACUCUUCCAGUGCUGGAAGAACGUAUUCCUACUCGAAUUUUUGAGGGCCCUGCUCGCUGCAUGUUGCUUCUUGCUUGCUCCCUUCUUGCUGCGCCAGACGGUGAGCUCCCUGCGACUGCGGCUCUGGCUUGAGGCCUUCGGGUACCUCUCGGCCAUCGCUGCUUCGGGCAUGGUCGGUGGGCUCCUUCAGCAACACGGCUUCCAUGGCUUCUCUCACUGGGGGAGGCAGAUGUGGGCCGCUUUAGUAGGCAAUAUUUUCACGAAGAUGGCGAGCAUCGAUGCCGGUGCGUUCACGUCUCAAUUCAGCGAAGGGCAGGUGAUAUCCAUGAUUGGGCAGGAUGCAAGCAUCUUCCCGUACAUGGGACCCUUUCUCUGCAUCUUCUUGGUGAUGCCCUGCAACAUCUUGGUGCCAUCAGCCAUUCUUCUCUACUAUCUUCGCGAAGCCUUCGUAGUGGGCUUUGCAUCUUGCGUGGUUGUAUCGGUGUUGAGCAGCUGGGCGGCGGUGGCCUACAAAAGGAACGUCAAAGCCAAGCUUACGGUGGCAGACUCGCGGCUCGUGCUCGUGAAUGAGACCCUCCAAGGUGCACGAUCGAUCAAGUACUGCGCCUGGGAGGCUGCCUUGGAGGCGAAGAUCAAGCGAGUGAGGGAUGAAGAGGUGCGGCUUCUGUCGUGGAUUCACUUGUGCUACGCCUUGCAGCAGGGUGCCACGGCGGCUCUGCCUGUGAUUGGGAUCACGGCCUCCUUGCUGACGCACGUGGCUCUGGGCCGGUCCUUGGAGGCCGACAUCGUUUCGAUGACUGUGGCCUACUUUGACCCCCUUUCCUUCGGUUUCAUGCUCUGGCCAAACUGCCGGAUGCAGUUGCAGACGAUGAGCGCGGGCAUCGCCCGGAUUGAGCGGUUGCUGCUGGUCCCGGAGAUCGCCAGCACUCUAGCAGCCCCGGAGGGGGCCAAGGAGGGCAUCUGCCUGGAGCGCGCCAGUUUCUCAUGGAAUGGCGAGAGGCUACAUCUCCAAGAGAUCAGCCUCACAGUCCGUCCCAAAGAGCUGGUGAUGGCCGUAGGUCCGGUGGCUUCCGGGAAGUCGACGCUGGUUUCUGGCAUCUUCGGCUUGGUGCGGCAAGUUGCAGAAGCCGGCGAGGUCCGAAUUCUGGGUCAGCCGGCCUACGUGCCUCAGAACCCGCAAGUUUUGAACGCCUCCGUGCGGGAAAACAUCCUCUUCGGUCUCCCCCUGAAUGAGGAGAGGUAUGAGGAAGCAAUCGCUGCGUGUUGCCUGGAGCAGGACUUGGACCAGUUUGUGGAAGGUGAUGCUACGGAGAUUGGCGAGAAGGGCAUCACGAUCAGCGGUGGCCAGAGGGCUCGCAUUGCCCUGGCGCGAGCAUACUAUGCUGACGCCGACGUAGUGGUCCUAGACGAUCCACUCUCCGCGAUGGAUGCGCACAUUGGCGCAAGCGUCUUCUCCCGCUGCAUUCUCGCCCUGCGUGCGCAGGGCAAGGCCAUCUUGAUGACCACGAAUCAGAUCCAGCUUUGCUCCUCUGCAGACAGGAUUCUCAUGCUGGAAGCAGGCCGCGAAGUUCGCCAGGGAAGCUUCCAAGAGACUGCCCGAGAACUGGGUGCGGCGAGCAGCUCGGUCGCGGUGCCGUCAGAAGGACCGGAGAAGAGACCGACCAACGAGGAACAAGAUAUCGGCGCUGGGGUCAGUCGGCCGCAGGUUCUGCGACCAACGGCGGCUUCGGGGAAGAGCGGGAUGAAGGCUGAGGGCAUGUUGCAGGGCCGCUUGGGGGUCCGGGAGUGGUUGAACGUGGCCCAAGGAGGCCAGUCGACCCUUCUCGGGCUUUGCCUAGCGCUCUCCUCCUUGCUGGUGCCGCUCGCUAUGUUCCUCUCGAACGUCCUGCUGGCGACUUGGAUUCGGGAGGCACAAUUGGGGCCAGCCUUUGACUACCAGAGGGACUAUCUCCUCGCUUCUUUGGCCUUUGCCUUGUGCUGCACCUUGAGGGUGUCUUCUGCGGCGAUGUAUUUCACCAAGAUAUCUCGCCACCUGCACCAGAAGAUGCUGGCAUCGGUGCUGCGUCAGCCGUUGAAGUGGUAUGACACCACGCCCUUAGGACGAGUUCUGAACCGCUUCUCGCAGGACAUCUCCCUAAUGGAUCUUCAGAUGCCGCGACUCUUUGAGUUCGCUAUGCAGCACUUCACUGUGGUCUUUGUGGGCAUCAUCGGAGCCAGCGUGCUCGCAUGGCCUGCGCUGCUGGUCUUAUUGCUGAUCGGCUGGCCUAUUCGGCGCCUGCAGGAUCGCUACGGCUCUGUGGCCUUGAACCUUCAGAGGCUCAUGCUCAUGGCGACCAGCCCAGUGAUGUCCCAGGUCUCGGGGUUCCUCUUGGCGAUGGACACCAUCCGGGCUUUCCGGAGAGAGCGUCACUUCGUCAAGCGGUUCUUCGAGACGAUGGACGGAUAUUACAAGACUUACUACUGGAUUCACGCUGUGGAUCGGUUAGCUAUGGGCUUGCAGAUUGCCGUCUGUGUCCCUUUCAUCACGCUCUGCUUGGGUGCCUCUGUGGUGCUGCUCGUCUAUGCCGGAAGCCUCACCCCCGAGCUGGGAGGGUUAGGUUUGGCCCUGACGGUCGGCCUCGCCCAACGGAUUCCCCUGUACCUCUGGUGUUGGAGCACCUUCGAGAAAUUCUUCGGGGGUGCGCAGCGGGUGGCCGAAUAUGCAGGCUUGCCUUGGGAGGGUGACAAGCAGGACCACGACUACUGGAAGGAGGGCCUCCAUGUAAAGUCCGCGGAGAAGGUCGUCCCUGGGUCAAACGCGGUGGCUCUGGAACUCCGCGAGGUGUUCUUGCGCUACCAGCCGGGUCUACCCUUAACUCUUCAAGGCAUGAGCCUGGCCGUGCGUCCCGGCGAGCGCCUGGGCAUCUGUGGCCGCACAGGCAGCGGGAAAUCCACGCUGUUCCUCGCGUGCUUUCGGAUGGUCGAGGCCGAGGAGGGUGAGAUUCGCGUCUGGGGGCAGAGUGCCAAGUCCCUUCCUCUUCCAGAACUCCGGGCGAGCAUGGCCAUUGUUCCGCAGGGCCCGCUGAUGUUCUCGGGGAGCUUGCGGUCAAACCUAGAUCUUCAUGGGCAGUACAGCGAUGCCGAGUUGCUGGCUGCCCUGCGCUUAGCGCAUUUAGAGGAGCAAGUGCAGGGCAUGCCGGGUAAGCUCGAUGAGCCCGUGCAGGAGAAGGGGUCGAACUUUUCAGCGGGGACGGUGCAGCUCAUCUGCAUUGCGCGGCUCCUUCUCGCCAAGCAGCGCAUCGUCUUUCUCGAUGAAUGUACGGCCAGUGUCGACCUGAAAACAGAUGCGCAAGUGCAGAGUGCAAUCCGAUCCGCCUGUGGCGACUGUGCGAUUCUGUGUAUAGCUCACCGGCUGGACACGAUCAUCGACUACGAUCGCUUAGCUGUUCUGGAUUCCGGGCGGGUGAUUGAGACUGGAUCCCCUUCGGAGCUUCUGCGGCAAGAGGGCUCUUUCACGAGCCUGGUGGCUAGCAUGGGCGACGCCGGGGCAGAGAUUCGACGAAAGCUGGCACCCGGAAAACCCUCGUCGCGCAUCAAGCUCUAG